AAUACCAAUAAGUAUGUUUAAUAUGACAUCUUUUUCAUUUGUGCUUCAUGUCUCAACAGCGAAUGACUCUCACAGUGAACUGAAGGGUUUGUGAGAAGCAGUGAAGUCAUGCAUACAGAUGGCAGUGCCGGUAUUGGUGGAAAUGAUGCUUCCUGAACUGUUGUAGCAGCGGUCCCAGAGGACUGAGCCACAGUCCAAUAAGAUGUCAUGAAGACUAGACCGAGAGGAGCGCGCAUCAGAUCUCCCUCAAUUAAUCCACCAUUAGAUGCCUGGAAUUCAUAGCUCACUGCCUUUGCUUCAAAUCUAAUUAGACACUCUCUCUCUCUCUCUCUCUCUCUCUCGGCUUCUCUUUCUCCAUGUCCAUCCCUCCUUAGAUCGAAAGAUAGACAGAUCUUUCCUCACUGAGCCCUGUGGUUGGGUAUUUUAGGUGUUCCUCCCUCCCUCUCUCUCCUCUCUCUCUCAGUAUCUUAUCCUUACAGCCACAUACUCACUCUCAGUCUGUCCCUCUCUCUCACACUCCUGCUUUCUCUCCCUCCCACUCUCUCUCUGUAACUCCCUCGGUCCUCUCAUCCUCCUGUGACUUAGUUUGCCGUGCGCAACAACUGGCAGACGUCUGUUCUGUUCUCCGGCGAAGUGACGAGCCUGUUUGGGAGGAGAUCCUGCGCAUUUGGGCACAUGGUCUUAUGGCAGUGACGGAUCGGCGGCACAACAACCUGAAGGAACGGAGGCACGGCAUCCUCAGCCUUCCCCGUCACUGCCGGCUCAAGGCAGCGGACGAAUGGGCGGCUUUGUGCUCAGCGGGUGCCGCUCUGAAGAGAUCUCUAGGAUCUGGCCUGGAUGUUUGUGAGCACUUCCGCCCCCAGAGGCCGGGCUGGACCGAGGACAGGACGUGAGGUCCAUGAGCACCAGAGUAUCCUCGCCUUGAACCCAAGGGUGAAGACCCAUGCAAAUCUCCAUUCCACCGCCUCUAAGAAGAAUGAGAAGAAGCACUGGAAGAGAAACCCAGAGAGGAGCUGUGAUUCUUGUGUGAAUUUGGAGAACAACUUCGAUGACAUCAAGCACACGACUUUGAGCGAGCGUGGGGCACUUCGGGAAGCGCUGAGAUGCCUGAAAUGUGCAGAUGCUCCUUGCCAGAAAAGCUGCCCCACCAAUUUGGAUAUCAAGUCUUUCAUCACCAGCAUUUCCAGCAAGGCAAUCCUGUCCAGUAACCCUCUGGGUUUGACCUGUGGCAUCUUGUGUCCCACCUCUGAUCUGUGUGUGGGGGGUUGUAACCUCUAUGCUUCUGAGGAAGGCCCCAUGAAUAUUGGUGGGCUGCAGCAGUUUGCUACUGAGGUGUUCAGUAAGAUGGGCAUCCCUCAGAUCAGGAAUCCAGAGCUUCCUCCAGCACACAAAAUGCUGGAGAGCUUCCACACAAGGAUUGCUCUCAUUGGUUGCGGCCCUGCUCGGCUAGGCUACGAUAACAUCACCAUCUUUGAGAGACAGAAAUACAUAGGUGGCCUCAGCACUGCUGAAAUUCCUCAGUUCCGUUUGCCCUAUGAGGUGGUGCAGUUUGAGAUUGAUCUGAUGAAGGAUCUUGGCGUAAAGGUUGUUCUUGAGAAGGGACUGGGGCAGAACGGGAUGACUCUGACCUCGCUGAAGGAAAAGGGCUUCCAAGUGGUCUUUGUUGGCAUUGUUCUUCCACAAGCAAACAGGGACAAGAUCUUUGAGGGCUUGACCAUCGAACAGGGAUUCUACACAUCUAAGGAUUUCCUGCCCUUGUUUGCAAAGGCCAGUAAAAUAGGAACUGAAAUAGAUUCCAGCAUGUGUAAUUGCCGUUCGCAGCUGCCAAAGCUGCAUGGGAAUGUGAUUGUCCUAGGCGCAGGAGACACAGCGUUUGACUGCGUCACCUCUGCUCUCCGCUGUGGAGCUCGGCAAGUCUUUGUGGUCUUUAGAAAGGGCUUCAACAACAUUCGCGCUGUUCCAGAAGAGGUGGCCAAAGAGGAAAAGUGUGAGUUUCUGCCCUUCCUGUCCGCUCGUGAGAUAAUCAAGAAAGAUGGGCGUGUUGUAGGCCUUUGUUUUUGCCGCACAGAGUUGUUGGUUGAUGAGGAGCAGAUUGUCCACCUGAAAGCAGACUUCAUCAUCAGUGCCUUUGGCUCCAUGUUGAACGAUCCAGAAGUGAAGAAGGCCCUGGAACCAGUAAAGCUGAACGCAUGGGGGACACCUGAGGUGAACAGCGAAACCAUGCAGACCAGUGAACCCUGGGUGUUUGCCGGCGGAGACAUCACCGGCUUGGCCAACACCACCGUGGAGUCUGUCAACGAUGGCAAACAAGCUUCCUGGCACAUCCACAAGUACAUCCAGUCCCUUCAUGGUAACACAGUAAGCACCACUCCCAAACUGCCCUUGUUCCACUGCGCCAUCGAUACAGUGGACAUCAGCAUGGAGAUGUGCGGGAUUAAGUUUCCUAACCCAUUUGGGCUGGCCAGCACUCCACCCACAACCAGCACACCCAUGAUCCGCAGAGCCUUCGAGCAGGGCUGGGGCUUUGCCCUCACCAAGACCUUUGGCCUGGACAAGGAUUUAGUGACCAAUGUGUCACCGCGAAUCAUGCGUGGGACUACCUCAGGUCACAUUUUCGGUCCUGGCCAGGGCUCGUUCCUCAACAUCGAGCUCAUUAGUGAAAAAACAGCCGCCUACUGGUGCAAAAGCGUGGCCGAACUCAAAGCCAAUUUCCCCCAAAAUAUUAUCAUUGCCAGUAUUAUGUGUGGGUACAACCAAGCUGACUGGACUGAGCUGGCAAAGAUGGCUGAGGAAUCUAAAGCUGAUGCUCUGGAGCUGAAUCUGUCCUGUCCUCAUGGCAUGGGAGAGAGAGGUAUGGGACUGGCCUGUGGACAGGACCCCGAGCUGGUGAGGAACAUCUGCCGCUGGGUCAGAAAGGCCACCACCAUCCCCUUCUUUGCCAAUGUCACCAACAUCGUUGACAUCGCCAGAGCCGCAUAUGGGGGCGGGGCAGAUGGAGUCACAGCCACCAACACUGUAUCUGGACUGGCUCUCAAAGCUGACGCCACACCCUGGCCUGGGAUUGGCAGAGGCGCAAGAACUACAUACGGCGGCGUUUCUGGUAAUGCAAUCCGCCCCAUAGUUCUGUGUGCAGCUAUAGCGAAAGCUCUUCCUGGCUUCCCGAUCUUGGCUACUGGUGGUAUUGACUCGGCAGAGUCUGGAUUACAGUUCCUCCAUGCUGGAGCAUCUGUUCUGCAGGUGUGCAGUGCUGUGCAGAACCAGGACUUCACAGUGAUUGAGGACUACUCAUUAGGCCUAAAGGCACUGCUCUAUCUGAAAAGCAUAGAGGAGCUGCACAACUGGGACGGCCAGUCUCCUCCCACCAUACGCCACCAGAAGGGCAAACCUGUCCCCUGCGUGGAGGAGCUCGUCGGAAAGGAUGUGAUUGCCAGAGCGCUGAAGCAUAUUGGCGUCUACCAGAAGCUGGACAACACAGAACAAGUGAAGGCCCUCGUUGAUCCAGAGAUGUGUAUCAACUGUGGCAAAUGCUUCAUGACCUGCAACGACUCAGGUUACCAGGCUAUUAAGUUUGACCCUGAGACCCAUCUUCCUGUAAUCAUGGACAGCUGCACCGGCUGCACUCUUUGCCUGAGCGUGUGCCCCAUCAUCGACUGCAUCAAAAUGGUUACCAGGACAACGCCGUACGUGCCCAAGAGGGGCCUGCCCGUUAAUCCCGUUUGCUAAAGCACACGGUCGCUCCACCUGACCGGAGAGAGGGAAAACCAAGGAGCCAUGUCUCAUUCAAAGCAUCGAUUCCACUUCUAAUUGCUGUGUGAAAAAUUACCUUUAUUAUGAAAACGAAUAAUUAGCCAGCAGAAAUAAUUGGCUUAUAUUCCCAAGCCAGUUAUGCUAGAAUAAUUGUGCUGGCACAAAAGAGUUGCAUUAUUUCAAAACAACAGUGCAAUGUUAUUUUUUGUCCCUUUUCACUAUCAAAAGUGAGAGGGAGGACUGAUUGAGAAAGAUGGUGAAGUGCUGUUGUUUUCGCUGGUAAAAAUGAAUAGCAGUAAAUAAAAUAAUAAAGCAAUUGACAAUA